UUUGAACGGUCAACAUCUCUACAGUCUGACAGGAGUAGUGAUGGCACUAGCUUUCAGAUAGGAAGGAUCCUUCGACAUAUUUGGUCUAGGAUGCAGUCCAAUAACGAUAUUGUCUGCUACUGUUGCUUCAUUAUUGCGUUUCUGUGGAACUUCAGUCUGCUUUCCAUGGUCUAUCUAGCAGCACUGUUCCUAUAUGCCCUCUGCGUUCACACUGGUCCUACUCACAUCUUCUGGGUCAUCAUGCUAAUGUACACAGAAAUUUAUAUCCUGCUCCAGUAUUUAUACCAGAUUAUAAUCCAGCACUGUGGUUUAAGCAUUGAUGCACCUCUUCUUCAUGAAUUGGGAUUUCCAACGCAAAGAAUCAAAUCAUCAUUUGUUGUCAGCUCGUUGCCUCUGUUCCUUAUUUACAUCUUUACGCUCAUACAGAGUGCUAUAACAGUAAAGGAUGGUGAUUGGGUUCCUUCUGCAGAUCUUACUUCACGCCGGAAUGCCCGUGGUAGCCAGAAGGAUCUU